AAAGAUACGACGAGGUUGUGGCGAUCUUGUUUAGAGUUCCAUUCCGAAUAUCGGUUGUGACCGAUGGCCCGCAUGCCCCACAUCUGUCGUAGCUAUGUACAUGGCCCAAGCUCCAAAGCUCUUCGAAGAUCCCCGCAAAAAAGUUUCCCGAUUCUCUUAUCGAUUAGGCAGCUCAUCGUCCCCCAGCUUUAUAGGUACAUAGGUACAUGAUGUAGGCAACUUCUGUAUUGCGACGACUUCAAACACCCAUCAAGUUCAGAAGAAUUCCUCAAACUUCCUAACUUCAUAAAACAAACUACUGAGCACAUAUUUAAAUUACAUAAGGGUGUAAAGAAACAUCAUCAUGUCGUCCGAGACACAACCCAUAGACCCAGCCCGCUUCGCCCAAGCCCUGAAGGAUCUCUCAGCCGAAAGCCUCGCCUUAAAGGUCCUAGAGCUGCGCAACGCCAUAGCUCACCUCGACUACUCCAACGCCGAGCUAAAGCCUUACGCCGAUGGAACGGCCCCGUCGCUAGAUCAACCGCAGGGCCAACCCGCGCAGCCGGACCAGGACUGCAUCGACGCCAUCACCGAGAACGAGGCUGUGAUCGCGCGCAUGCAAGACCGCAUCGACCGCAUACGUGUUGAAGUCGAGAGGCGCGGUUUAAGCUGGCGCGAGCUCCAAGGAAAGCCCGACGAGGAAGAGGCUGCGCCCACCAACGGCGGUGACACAAGUUCAAGCGCAAACUUGACAAACGGGGUUAAUGGACACGGAACUGGCGGAGAGACUGCCCAUGCGGCGUGGCGGGAUGGCACUUUCCAGACGGGAACUAUCAGCCAGUUAGGAGACCAUGAGCGUGAGCUUCUCAGACAGCUGGAAAGCCGAAUACCGCCUGCGGAUGACGAUGAAGAUGACCCAGAGGGUGGCAUGCAUCUAUAACUUAUGUGCCUAAUUUUCGGCGCUCUUUAGAUCACAAGAAAAGGGGGGGCAAGUCAACCUUCUUAAUGGUUUGAUCUGCAGUCAUUGGUGGCGUUAAGGACUCGGGUAUGAUUUCAAGAAUUAUCCCCGAUAGGCAUCGGAUGCAUUAUGUGGGGUAGGAAUGAAUGAGAUGACCAUAAAGGGUAUGCUCUAGGUCUUAAUUGCAGCAUCCAAACUCAUAUCACAUUCCAUAUUCGAGCCAAAGAGAAUACAAUAACUUAAAUAUGCGCUCUUAUUUCAGGUCAGGUCUUACAAGCUUCAAAGAAGCGAUCAAUAUAUUAUUAAUGAAAGUUCAUCCAGAAGCACUAAGGCUAUUCCUAGUU